UGUACAUGGACUAAAAAAUUUCGAAUAGAAAUGGGUGUAUUUAGUGGAUUUGGUGAGUGGAUCAAUCAGAACAAUCAACAGCCUCUUAAGGCCGAGUCCAAGAGACCUGAGAAUGUUAAAUCUAGUUCGGUUUCAAAAAAAGAUAACAACAUUCAGGAACCAUGGUAUUGGGAUCCUGCUGAGGACCCUAAAGUGAAGUCGGAGGCCAAGAAAUCUGGGCAGCCUGUUAGAUCUAUGCCAUUGUAUGCUACGGAUCCAAAAUAUUAUGAAUUAGCUGAGGUGAAGAGGCAAGUAGGACUUUGGAUAGUUCCAAAUAACAAGCAUCCAUGGUAUGACGCUCCUGCAAAGAUUAAGGUGAAAACAAAAAAGGGUCUUUGCCAUAUGAAUAUAGAAUUCACAUUGGGAUGGCCUCCUCAAGGAGUCUACGAGAUGCUCACUAAUCCAAGAAACGUAUUUUUCUUCCGUAUCUUCGACAAACAAUUUCGCCAACGUCUGGACAACAAAUCAACAAAGGUUUUGAAGAAAGAUGGACCGAGGCAGAUCACAGAAGUGGAAAAAACUUUUGAGAUGGAAGCUCCUUGGGUUGCAAAAUAUAAGAAGGAGAAAAUGAGGUACAUGAAAGUGUUUGAGGGUAGCUGGAAAGUGGAGCCACUAUACGCGGAUCAGGAACGGUUAUGCAAGUCUAGGUCACGGAUUAGUGACGAAGAGUACAAAAGAUGUAGCGGCGGAAAAGGAAGGAUUGGGUCAAAGGUGACAAUGGAGCAGAUCUUUCAGCCUUCUUCUCUUCUUAAUGUGUCACCUGUUUCUUGGUUCAUCCGUGGGAUCACCAUCGAAACCACCAGGACUUUGCUCGAAGAUCUAAGACAAUAUGUUAUCGACAUUCACAAAAGUUCAGACACUGUAUGAACCGGUUAUACUGUGGUGGUAGGUAGUAUAUACAUCGAACCACUUGAGUUUUUAGUGUUGUGAAGUCACUUUAUUAAAAUACAGGGAAUCGAAUACGAGGAAAAGUAAAAACUAUGAAC